AGAAAACACGCUGUGAAGUGAGAAUUUGAAGAAAAACUCGGAAAAACGUGAGGAAAAGUGAAAAGAGAAAUGAAUGAGGAGCGUCAGGAAGGAGAUGAAGCAAUGAAGAAGCUCCCGAUGGCAGCACCCAAAGUGGAAGCACCCAUGAUAGCAGCAUCAGUGGUCGUAGCCCCUACAGUAGCAGCACCUGCAGUUGCAGCACCCACGGUGGAAACUCCUGCGAAGGCAUUGCCCACGGCGACGAUUAACAGUGGAUCCAGACGAGAAAAAGUGACAGGAUUUGCGCUUGGAUUGAGGGAGAUCGAAGCGCUUGUGCCCCGUUUCGAACCUGGUGACCGGAAGACGCUAUCAGCUGCCGCCUGGCUCGACACCGUCAGUGCAAUCUUUCGUCAAUACGGUGUCAGGGAUGAACAUUCAGUUUUGAUGGCGAGCAUGCGGCUGAAGGGUGCAGCAAAAUCAUGGUUCGAGGGAAUGAGGGGCAAUCUCUAUACUUGGGAAAUAUUUGGGGAAGCAUUGAAGGAAUUCUUCCCAGGGGAGAUUGAUAAUCUCGCAAUCCACCAAAAGCUCCGAGAAGGCAAGAAGCGGCGAAGCGAGACAGCGGAAGAGUAUUGCUACGGAAAAAUGGCUCUCGCACAACAAAUCCAGUUGGACUUCAACACCCUCACAAGUUACAUUGUGGCGGGUAUUCAGGACCCCAACUUGAGAUCCAUUCUGAGCACGUCGCGGUAUGAUAGCCUCCCGGAGAUUGUACUGACUAUUAACUGUCAUGAAGCAUCUCAGAAUUUGGACAGGUGGAGCAGGGACCACCGCCGUGAAGAUCGCCAUUCCAGCUGCCGUGAUUCACGUCGUGAUGAGCGUCGUGGUGAGUGGCGUGACUAUCGGCGCGGAAGAUAGCCUCGUAGGCGUGAGAAACAGCAGUCGAUAAGAAGUAGAUUGCGCUCCUGUGGUCGAAAAAGUUCAUGCUCUCUUACAGGCAAAAUGAUGAAA